AACACUAUUAAUAAUCAUUGCUGUAUAAGUUAAAUAUAAGUAUAGUAUCAUAAUUUAAAUUUUUAGUUCUAACUACUCAUUAUUAACUUCUUGUUUUAUUCUACUACUACAGAACAUUAGGACAACUACUGUAGUACUAUUGUAUGAUGUAUUAAUAACGAUAUUUCAACUUUCUGAUUUCAAUACAUUUUGUGAUUAAUGUUAUGACAAAAUGAAAGAGUCACCAGAAACCGUAGUUAUAAACCAGAUUCAUGAAAAUGACGGUGGCGCUGCGGAAGAAUCUGUUCUAAAUGACAUUGGAAAACGAUCAUUAGAUAAAUCAGAGGAUAUCUGUGAAAGAAAUCUUAAAAUAUGUAAGGUUGAAAACGAAAAUGAUGCUGACCAGUCUACCCGUCUAUCUAAAAGGCAGCUUAAAAAGAUCCAAAAGCAACAGUUAUGGAUGGAAAAAAAGGCACAACGAAAGGAAUUAAAUAAAGAAAAAAAAGCAGAAAAGAAAAAAUUGAAAGCCCAAAUGCGAGAGUCUGGAGUAGAAGUGUCAAAAGUAAAGACCAACAAAAUGGCAGAUAGUACAUGUAAACAACGUAUUGUAUUAGACAUGUCUUACGAUGACUUGAUGUCUGAUAAGGAUUUAUGCAAGUGUUCAAAUCAAAUAUUGAGGUGUUAUGGUCUGAACCGUAGAAUGGAUAAUCCUAUGCAAUUAUAUAUAUGCAGUUAUGAAGGAAAAAUUAAAGAAAUCAUGGCUAAACACAAUGGCUCUGAAUUUUGGGAUAUAAAAUACUUAGAGGAUUCAUUUGAUAAAGUAUUCCAGAAAGAAGAAAUUGUGUAUUUGACCAGUGACAGUAUGAAUGUCUUAGAAAGUAUAGAUGAAAACAAAGUGUUUAUAAUUGGUGGUCUAGUUGAUCAUAAUUCUUGCAAAGGAGCAAGUUUAAAAAUAGCAAAUGAUCUUGGUAUAGCUCAUGCUCGAUUGCCUAUUGACGAACAUAUCAACAUGCAAACUAGAAAAAUCUUAACUAUUAAUCAUGUUUUUGAAAUAAUAUCAAAAGUGGUGUCCGGUAAAUCUUGGAAAGAAGCAUUAAUUAGUACAUUGCCAAAAAGAAAAAUGUUCUCAGUCAUAGAUGAAGAAGAUCUUCUGGAAUUUAAUAAUUGUUUAGAUUAUAAAUCAAAAAUAGAAAUUGAAUGUCUAGAGGCAGUAAAAAAUGAAAAUUUAGCGGAAGAAAAUGUUUCACUUGAAAAUUAA